AUUCAUCCAAGCCUGAAACAUGAUCUACAUAAUAAAUACUUGGCUUGGUUUUAAUUUGUGACAGCAUAUAUAUAUUAUUGAAGAAAGCGAAGUAGAAGGUUUUCCUAUAAUGACGAAAAUACAUCCAAAUAGAUCAUCAGUGAACAGUAGUUUUUGUGGGUAUUCAUCAGAGAGAGAAACAUUCACAGUGUGGAUGAAAUCUCUGGUGUUCCAUGGAAAUGGCUGCACUGUCUUCAAUUCAAGAGGUGAAGUUGUUUUUCGAGUCGAUAAUUAUCAGAAAAAAUGCAGCAGCAAAGUCUUUCUCAUGGAUUCCACUGGCCAAACAUUGUUCUCUAUAUACAGAAAGAAACUGCGAUUUUUGGGUUGGUGGGAUGGUUUUAAAGGUGAGGAGGAGAAGAAGCCAUGGUUUCGGGUGAGGAGAAAUCACAGCAUUUUUGGGAGAGACAUUUCGUGCAGAGUUAUUCUUAAAUGUGACCAAAAUAGCACAACUACUUAUUACAAAAUCAUAGGAUUGGAAGGGAAACCUUCACUCAAGAUUAUAGACCUUUCAGGCCACCUUCUGGCUCAGGCCAUUCAAAAGCAAUCAUCAGAAGGAAUUCCAUUAGGAGAAGAUGUGCUUACGUUAAUGGUGGAACCCAAUGCUGAUCAAGCUCUAAUCGUCGCUCUUCUCACCAUCUAUAGUUUGAUCAAUAAUACGCUGUAAAUAUUUGUAUACAACUACAAGUUUUGUGUGGAAAUUAGAUCACAGAAACAGAAUUCAAAUAGAGCUUAUGAGAAAUUUGUUUAGGGAUUAAGGGUUUAUCUUGUAGUUCAUAUAUAUUAAUAAUUCACUAUAAUUGUACCUGUGAA